AUCGGCCAAUGCAAAUGUCAAGAACAUUGCAUUACAAGUAACAAAAAAAUUGCCAUUACUGCACAUAUUUGUAAAAGUAUAGUACAUAUAUUGAUCAGAGAGUAUUGACAAUUGAAAAUAGAAAAAAACGGUAAUAAAUCCAAAUAAAGUAAAUGAAAAAUGAGAUUUGAAUCUUUAAAGCCGAGCUAGUGCGUUUAGAAUAGCUGCAAUCGACGGUGAUUAAUUCGUGUUUAGAUCUAGUCAUUUUUUACGAUUUAACGAGGACGGGCAAUACGGAGUCGCUUGCAUAAUAGUCGAACCUGAAUUAUCCCUUUAUAGUAUAGCCAGAAAUGCCGCUGGAUUCUGGCGUGGUAAGUGGUUCAGGGGGAAAGCAAGUUACUGCGACAGGAUGCAUUUGUGGUGCAGUUGGAGGAACACAAACGGUAGUGGUAAAUCCUGCGGUGUCGGCUAUAGUAGGGGUUGGUAACACGGCUGCAGCUGGUAAACAACUUUCGGCAAAAAAAUCACUUAAGUUGUCCAGUUUGACUGAUGAUAUGUUAGGACCACCUUCGGCUACCGGAAGUCAUCAUGAAGAGCCAUUUAGAGCUCGACUGCAUCAACUUUUUUCUCAGAUUGAAAAAGAAUUUGAAUUGUUGCACGCGGAGAAUUUAAGCUUACAAGAAAAGUUAGAAGCCGUGGCUGGGACUCCUCGAGAUUCGACAGGUGGAGAUCGUCUAUUGCCAUUGCAGGAUUCCUAUGAAGCAGAUGGAGUCGUCAAUAAGAGUUUCAAAUCUAAGCUAGGCAGCACGGGAAAUAAAGUUAAGGCUAGUCACAAGAUUCGAGCUCAAACCAGCAGGAUUGUAUCGAGUUUCAAGGCACAAUCGGUAGUUAGUUCAUUGGUACGAGAAUUUUGUGGUCACAAAGAUGGAGUAUGGCAGGUUAGCUCGAAAACAGGUCAACCGAUUAUUGGAACUGCUUCGGCAGACCAUAGUGCAUGCAUAUGGGGAAUUGAUACAGGACGCUGUAUGUUGCAAUAUCAAGGUCACAGUGGAUCGGUAAACUCGAUAAAGUUUCACCAAAGCAGAGAUCUUGUACUAACUGGAAGUGGUGACGCAACAGCUCACAUUUGGCAGGCAGUCGUGAAUUGGGAAGUACCAGCAAGAAAGGGACAUUCCUCCGAAGAGGAACUGGACGAAGAAGAUGAACCUUAUGAGGAAAAAGAACGAAUUGACGUUUUGAGAACGCCAAUAUGCGAGUUUUCGGGUCCAGGUGGACACACUUCGGUGAUCGUUGCCGCAGAUUGGCUCCCUGGAGGCGACCAGCUUAUUACAGCUAGCUGGGAUCGAACAGCCAUUUUGUGGGAUGUGGAGACACGCGAACCGUUGCAACCUCUUUGCGGACAUGAUCAUGAAUUAACGCAUGCUUCGGCACAUCAGAGUCAACGCUUGGUGGUGACAGCUUCGAGGGAUUCGACCUUUCGUCUGUGGGAUUUCCGUGAUCCGAUUCCUGCGGUGUCUGUUUUCCAAGGCCACACUGAAAGUGUCACUUCUACCGUAUUCACGCGUGACGAUAAGGUUGUUUCCGGAUCGGAUGAUCGAUCGGUAAAGGUAUGGGAAUUGCGAAACAUGCGCUCAGCAUUGACUACCAUUCGAACGGAUUCGGCUGUGAAUCGGCUUGCCGUUUCAGCUGGCGGGGUUAUUGCUAUUCCACAUGAUAAUCGUCACAUAAGACUGUUCGAUUUGAAUGGGCAGCGAAUUGCGCGGUUACCUCGCACCAGCCGUCAGGGACACCGGCGAAUGGUUUCAUCUGUUGCUUGGACUGAAGACAUUAAUUCCACUUGCAAUCUUUUCUCUUGCGGAUUUGACCGACGUGUGCUUGGUUGGGGCGUCUGUUUGCCACCCAAAGAAAACUAAUUCAAAACAUAUGUAAGCGUGAUAAAUUGGACAUGAAGGGAACAUAUUGUUAGGUUUUGUUAGAGUCUUGUGAAUAACAAGAAUGGAAAAUAUCUCUCACUCGGAGAAUCGUUUCCGGUUUUCUAUCGCAUGGAAUAAUUUUGCAAGUUUUUGUUUACAAACAAUGAUGCGGCUACUUGGUAACAGUUAUGAAAAAGAAUCAUUGAAGAUUAUUUCAGGAAGAUCAAUGCAGAAAUUUUCGCUUUUUGAAAACAAAAAUUUUUCACAUAUUUUUAUGCUAUGCGUUGUUUGUCAUGAUAUUCAACAUUAAAUGGAUUAUAUCAUAAGAUGCCUCUGACAAUGCUAUAAAAUUGGACUCGUAAUCAUGAUAACGCUUUUCUAACAUUUUUAUAAAAAAAAACUCAUUUUGUGAGUCAUAUAUCUUCUAAGCCCCCUGAUAUCGUUGGAAAGUAUUAAACUAGCCUCUCGAUUAUUCUCUAUUGUAUUUUUUGGCGAAAGGCUCCAAGUAUAAGGCGAUUCAAAUCUCAAUGCAUGUACUCCAAAGACAUUACAGAACAAAUUUUCUGAAAGACAUUCGUUUAAAAAAACUGUGUAGUGCCUAUAUCAGAUUUCUACAUCUAGCAGCCAAUAGGAAAUUCCGCCUUUAUUCACAUUACACUUAUUCAAAAGAAGAAAAUUAGUCGCUUGAUUUGCGCGUGGUGUACUUGUACAGAUACGGAUCUGCGAAACAAAACAGACGAAACAAACAAACGCUAGUAAUCGCAUGUAAAAAAUGUUCACUACAGGUUCUGCUCAAAGCUGUCGGAAGCGAUAGAGAAUCGGUUUCGACUCACUUCUGAUAAAUCAUCGCUCAAAUGUUUUUCCUCUGUGCUGGAAUUUGAAGUAUAAUCAUUUUAAAGAUUCACAGCUAGACCCCAUAGAAUGCAUAUUUUUAGGAAUUUAAAAACGUUUUACAGUUUUACUUCUGCCAGUUGUCAUUCACUGGCAGCUACCUAUUUUAACCUUUAACAAUUUGCCUAGCCGAGGUUGGGGCGCGGUACUGUAUCUGCCGCUGGAUUUGUUAACUAAAUGUUAUUUUAAUUCCCACAAAUGACGAUAAUUUACAUUUGUAUAUUUUCCUGAAUUAUUGGAUUUUCUAAUCGUUGUGUGAAUCUUGAAAAGAUUGAUUUAUAAUUUACAACAAAUUUCAGGAGAGUAUAUCAAUGAAACCUGACGGAUAUAACAAUACUGUAACCCUUCCAUGCAUGUUAUGUGAAACAUAUUGAUCUGUUUGUAUUAUAACUACGUAUGAAAGAAUGUUAUUUUUUAUUGAAUAAUUGUUGUUAAUUUGGUUAACAGAGAUCUUACUGAUCCGUACGUUAUUUCGAUUGUUUACGGUAACUAGCUUGUAAUAUUAUCAUGAUAAAACAAACUAAUCAGUCAACUGAGGCGGUUGGAAUUUAACUGUAUUUCUUGUGCAGGCAUAGUAGUACAUAAAUGUCAUUUAUUUCUGUGCUGUACGUUGUAAGGGUUUAUCAAUUACAAUGCAUUUGAAUGAAGGUUAAAACAGAAUCUCACCACUAUUGUAAGGAUUCUCGAAUAGUGUAACAGUGUACGGAAGCCUUGUGGAGUUGGGCACUUUAUUGCACUGAGCACAAAUCCAAUGAAAUCAGGAUAAACUGCCUUUGUAACAAUAUAUGUACAGUUUUACUCUUUUAAUAACACUUACUCAUGAGCAUAACAGGUUUUAAAAUGUGGCGUACAGGCGAUGUAUUGGAGCAUAGGCUGGAUCCGUUCUAGUUUAAUGUGAAAAGCUCUGUGAUUUUAUGAAUGCUCUUUUUCAAUCUAGGUUGCUAUAUGCAUGACCAUACGUGCAAAAUACUUGUUUCACCUUACAUUUACAUUACAAUGAAAAGUUAAACUUUUAAGCAUAUAUCUUGGUGUUAUUAGACAUAGAGUUCAAGUGUUUAGGGUGAACUGAAGGGAUUUUAUGCAAUAUAUUGUUUAAAGCGGCAACGGUGUCAGGCUCGAGUUGCUUGCUGGAUAUUUACUACUUUCUUUACAAGUAUCAGAUGUCGUACAACUUCAGAGGAAAAUAGCCCGACUAUUCAAAGUACCAAAUAAUAUAAACAAAUUGCGAAAAUAAAAUAUCGGUGGAAUCAA